AAUUCAUACCUAAUUCAAGACUUCUCAAGUUAUUUUAUCUCUUACAGUUGUGUAUCUCGACGUUAACCUUUCGCAUAACGAAACAGCCUCGUUCAAUAAUUUCCUCGAGAGAGUUUCUAUUUAGGUAUUCUACUAUCUAUCCAGGCGCACAGUCUAUCCGCAGAUGUCUCAACCAAGCCAGCAGAUCGCCGCGGCUGCUACCCUCAGGGGACCUGCGAAGCUAGCAGCAGUCACAAGUCUAAUAGAAAAACUAUCACAAGAUCUGGUUUCUGCCAAUUUAUCUCCUCAACAACGCGACUCCUCCUUGGAAGAAUUGAAGAUAUACGGUCGGGAUCCCCAAAAUGCGGAUCCCAUCUUUACAAAGGAGGGCAUAGAGAUGCUCACUCGACAUGCGUCUAACAGCUCGUCCGAUACUACAUCUAGAAAUGCUUUGCGGGUCCUCUGCAAUGCAUUACUCCUGAAGGAAGAAACUCGUCAGUUAUUAGUCGAUCUAGGCUACGUGGACAAGUUAUGUGAUAAAUUGCAGAAUGAUAGUUACGAUGACGAAUUUCUGGUUUCCCGAAUACUAUUUCUAACAACUUAUGGCACGGACUUGAACUUGACUGAGCUCAUCGAUAAGCAUCAUCUAGCAGACGCUAUCAAUAAGCAUCUUGAGCGGCACGCAACGCGCCGUGCCAGCGGAAGCCCAGCAACGAAUCCCAUGGAAGAUAUGGCACUCACAGAGACGCUCAAGCUUCUCUUCAAUAUUACCCACCAUUGCAAAGAUCGAGUUUCUUCAUUUACGGCAUCGAUACCUCAUAUCGUCACUUUGUUAUGCAAGGGCUCGUUCCAAGUCCAGAAACCCCUGGAUCCCCCUACCGGUCAGCUUGUCAACGCUCUUCUUAACCUAGAUAUUGGUGCCGAAGAGGUCCAGAAAUCUCUCUUCCCCCAGAACAAUCCGAGCGUGCUAGCUGAUCGUCUCAUCGACUUACUAUCCACUUCUACCAAAGCAUAUGCGAACGAAGACCUAGAGCCGUCGAUCACACCUUUAGUUAGCGCGAUUCGUGGGAUCCACGAGCAUGCGCCUGAGGACGUAAAGAAGUCGAUACGCACUAGGCUUCUACCAACCGAAGAGGAUAGAACUGAGGUACUCGGCCGGACCAGCACCCUACCUUCUUGGCUCUUGAAGAAUUCGACGAAUCCCUUAACACCUCAGCUACGGGAGAUGAUAUCAAAUUUAUUCUUUGAUAUGUCUGACAAGGAUGCGUCGAAAUUUGUCGAGAAUGUAGGGUAUGGUUUCGCUUCCGGGUUCCUAUUUAAUAGGAACUUGCCAGUUCCUGAUAACGCCUCGGAGGCAUUCGGUACCGCUACAGGUGGUCCUAAUAGGCCCGUUAAUCCCAUCACUGGCCAGUUCCUAGAUGCCGAAAGACAGCCCGAGGAACCCAAGAUGACCGAUGCUGAGAAAGAAAGAGAGGCAGAGCGGUUGUUCGUCUUGUUUGAAAGAUUGAGGGCGAAUGGGGUUAUUUCUGCUGAGAAUCCAGUACGAACGGCUGUGCAGGAGGGACGAUUCGAAGAGCUACCUGAUGAUUAUAAGGAAGACUCUGAUUGAACCAAUGAAGACUAUCAAACCCGAGCGUGCGGUCUAGUAAUUCGUGCGCGGGGAAUCAUGGUAUGAUAUAUAUAUACCAAGGCGCGUUUGCUCUCUCGAAUUUGAUGAAAAUGGUUGAAAAGUUGGAUAUGUCCGUGUAUAAUACCUACAUCUCAUUAUGUACCUAUAUAGCCUAUGCAGGUCUUGAUGACAAUUAAUACCUAACCACUUCAAGAAAGAUACCAGCUAAGUAGACACUUCAUUUUAUCUAAGCAGCU